AUGGACCCCCGCGUCUUGUCGCAGCAGAGCGAUGACACGACCGUGUCCGAGGAGGAUCCGCUGUACUGCGAUGAGGAUCUGGGCCUGGGCGACGGCAACCAGCCGGGGUUGUCGGGGUCGUCCUCCUCUGGGGAUGACGUGGAUUCGGAUGAUGAGGAGGAGGAGUGGGCGUUGAUGGCGCGCUUUGCCGAGGAGGUGAAGGCGGGGAACGACGCCUUUGCGAGGGUGAAGCUGCCUGGGGAAGCUGUGUAUAGGUGUGUCACCAAUGACACACUUGUUCUGAACAUGGGCUGGCGGUGGAACCUACCGGGCGAUGCUGUGUGCUUGGCGCAGUCGUACCUUGUACGACUUGAGGCCAUGGGCUACGGGAGGCCCAUGAACAACGAGUGUGCUGUGGCAACGUGCCUUUUCAUCGCUGCAAAGUCGGCUGGAAACCUUUGGGCAAAAUGUCCCCACCCACCCCCCACCCACCCCCACAGGCGCAUUGCGGUGGCCGAAGGAUGGUGUGAUGUUGCUCGCCUGAGGGGUCUAUUGAUAUGA